UCUUGUAGCUUGUUUGUGUGUGUCAGCUGCACUUGGGUGAACUGCCAGUCCGCAACAACUUACAGAUGUCGGGCCCUGGGGAAGGACGUCCUGGUGCCACAUUGCAUUUAUCACUCGCUGAAUUACUGCCUUACAGACUGCAGUGAUUUAAUUGAGGCACUCAUCUGAAUGAGGCAACACCUGUUCUAGACAGCACUGUUUGCACUCACCUUACCCAGUGCUGAUACUGAUCGCUGGCACAGCGGUCAGUUCUCAUUAGGUUUUUGAUUAACAACAUUGGCUCAUAAAGUGACAGUCCUGGAAGGGGUUCAGGCCUUUGUGGACCAUCUGUUUUGCUACACUUCCUUUUGGGUUCAGACAGCAGAUGUUCCGUCUGCGAUGCCCUCAGGCCUUACCAAUCCUGCUGUGUCUUCCCUCACACACGUAAGGAAACGGUCAGUUCGCUCCACCCCUCCCCUUCCUCUGUGACGCCGAAACUGUCAAGGUGAUGGAGGGUCUGGAGGUUGAGGACAUAAGCCCCGCCCUCGAGGUCACUGAGGACUACUUGCACUGCCUCGAUGACAAUCAAGGAGAUGGCCAGGCACAUCCGCCCAAGCUUAAAGAGGCCUCCACCUUGGACAAGUUGAACUCCAGUGGGGUGUGGGGGCUACUGACAGGAAAGCAAUCUGAAAUAUCACCCAAAAAUAUGGCCUGGGCGGAGCAGUCAUCUUUCACCGUGCUGGGCCUGCGACAUGGAAAACGGAACCGGGCACGAUCCACCAACGAUUUGGCGGCUCAUGCCAAAGAGAUGAACUCCACCACCAAUACAUCCAGCGGUGGCUUCAAGCGUGGCCACAACCGCUCCCGUUCAGACGUCAACAACCGCACUUACACCGAUAAUGGCAUGCCUGCCAUUGACAAAAAUACACUCAAGAACAUGGCACUGAACGACCACAGAGAUGCUCAUAAGGAGAGCAGCCCUAGCCUGGUGAAGCAGGGAACACUGGAGCAGAGAGAGGGCCCAUGGGGACGUUGGACCACCUGUCAUGUGGAGCUUACGCCCUGUGAGCUGCGUCUAUACAGCCUGGACAGCAGCGGCAACCAGCAGCUAUGUGCCGCCCUUUCACUGUCCCAUUGCCAAGGGGUGAGCGCACCGCAGCCGCAGGAUGGACGUGUAAUCCAGGCCGUCUUCUUUAACAGCACUCGCGUGCAGUUACGUGCACCCUGCCAGUGGGAGGCACUGGAGUGGCGUAGACUCCUCUGGGAACGCGUCUUGGCCGCCCGUCCAGCCAAUCGUAAAGGGGAGCCGGCCCGUGCCAACUCCCCUACCCCUCACGAACCCGAUCCAGAUGUGGCGGCGGUGCCAGCCCCUCGACCCCUGGUUCGUCCCACGGCCCUGCCACUGUUCACCCAGCACUGUGCUGAUGUUCUUAAGGCUGGUCUUCUGCACCAACUCACCGACCUCAAUAACUGGAGGGCCUUCACGUUUGUACUGAGCCGGACUGAGCUGCAGGCCUUCCCGACUGAGGGAAGAGGCCCAGUGUCGGAGCCGGUGUUAAGGUACCCGCUGGCCUCCUGUCUGGCUGUGCAGCGGGAUGAUGAAGACGGAGACACCAGCUCCCGCUUCCAGGCGGUCUUCCCUGAUGAUGUGCUGCGUUUGCGGGCAGAGAACGAGUCCAAGGCCCAGGACUGGGUGGAGGCCUUGCGCACGGCAGUGACGGCUCAGCGGCCACAGGGGGAGAAUAGCCAAGUGGUGAUCAGGAGUAAGCCAGCAAGGGAGCGACGGCACAGGGAGGCCCAGAGAGCCAAACGACAGUCCGUCACCACUAGCUUUCUCAGCAUCCUCACCUGUCUGGCUGUAGAAAAGGGUCUUACUGUUCAGAGCUUCCGAUGUGCAGGAUGCCAGAGACCAGUGGGUCUGUCACGGUGCAAGGCCAAAGUUUGCUCUUACAGCGGCUGGUACUACUGCCCAAGUUGUCACCAGGACAACCUCUUCCUCAUACCUGCGCGUCUACUGCACAAUUGGGACACUAACAAACACAAGGUGUCAAAACAAGCGAAGGAGUUUCUGGAGUUUGUUUAUGAGGAGCCCCUGUUAGAUGUCCAGCAGUUGAACCCGUGUCUGUAUGAGCAUUGCGAGGCAUUGGCAGCCGUUCUCAAAUUGAGACAGCAGCUCCAGUCUCUCAGGGCUUACCUCUUCAGCUGCCGUGCCACAGUGGCAGAAGACCUCCGCCGCAGGAUCUUUCCGAGAGAAUACCUGCUACAGCAUGUGCACCUCUACUCAUUGGCAGACCUGCAGCAGGUCAUAGAUGGAAAGCUUGCUCCCUUCCUCUCUAAGGUGAUCAAGUUUGCCAGCUCUCAUGUCUAUAGCUGUAGUCUGUGCCGGGAGAAGGGCUUCAUCUGUGAGCUUUGCCACACUGGCCAGGUCAUCUAUCCCUUCCAGGAGAAUGCCACAAAAAGGUGCGAGGGCUGCGGUGCCGUCUUCCAUGCCGAGUGUCGGAUGCGAGCCCAGCCGUGCCCACGAUGCGUGCGCAAAGAACUGCACAAGAAGCCAGCGUCAUUCUGGAAGAGACACGGCCCUCACGACAGCCCUGAUGACGAGGUGCUGGACUGCUUUGAGCUGGACACCUGAGACGGUUUACGGAGAGCGGUGCCCGAGCACACUGCACUAAUGAAGUCCAAGUGCUACUGUAUCCACUAAAGACAAGAUUCCGUGCUCCCUUGGUGGAAGUGCUCCGUGAAAACCGAGAAACAGUGGCUUUUUUUUUUUUUUACGUUCUCCCUCACCUGAGAGAGAUAGGCACAGAGACAAUAAUUCAGCUCCCGAAGAGCAGAGGCUUCAUAAUGAUACCAAUUUACCCUUCCCUUUCAUCUACCAAAUGACAGCCAGGGCCAACCGACAAAUACAGGCAAAGUACGCUCACACACUUGCACAUAAACACACUCCCACUGACAGAUGUAAAAUAAUGCACUUUCUGGCAGACUCACAAUCCAAGAGCGAUGAUUCAAACCAAUUUCUGGACACAAAUAGAGCUUCUAAUCCAUUAAUGGUUCGGUGAAAAUGAGCGCUGCUGAGAUGGGAGUCUGGCCCCUCUGUUAGGUUUCCCUCCACGCUGUAGUUAACCUACUAUGCCGAAGACCCUUGAUCUGGAGCGCAUGAAGGCUGAAGAUAAACAUCCUUAGAACAAAAAUAGAUUUUUUCUGUUACACGUUUGCAUUUUUGCACUUUACAUUUAUGAUUUGUCCCCAAGUUUCAGUUUUUUUAUUAUUAUUACAAGAUUAUCAUUGCACUUUCAGUCAGAGCAUGUUGCCAUAUCCGUUUUUAUCUCAACGCAUUCAGCUUUGGUUUGCAUUGUACAUUGAAGAAGGAUUGGUGUCUCGUCCCGUCCAGCUGGAGUUUAAAACGUUUGACUGUUUAUCAACACUCAAUGGCACUGCCUAUAAGCAGCUGAACCACGUUGUUCUUGCUAACCGCCUGGUCUGUGAUUACAAACUACCCUGGGCCACCAAACCCCGAAAUUACAGUCUAGAGUUCCAGGGCUUUGUUUAGCAUUCAUACGUCUUUUUAACAAGAAAUGUAAAGCGAACCCGCCGUGGACAAGCUCAUAAUUCAUGUCCAUCUAACCUCUGCUUUGGAUCCUCGAUGCCUCUCUGCGUUCAUACUAAGUUUUCUGUCUACUUGAAAUUAGUAUUGGCAAUAAAGUCACUUCUUUUGCUGCCUUAUUUGACAUCCCAUUCUUUGGCGAGACCUGUCUUUCUCCAGUUGGACAAUAUGUGCAAAGUGCACAAUAAGACAUACAAAAAAUAAGACUUUUUUUUUUAACUAGAAAACCCCUGUUGUCGACGUAGCAAGCUGACUGACAUUUUAGGAUAUUCACUUGAAUCCAUAUUAUCACUGUUAUCCCCCCCCCCCCCCUUCUAUAAGCAUACAUAAAAUAGCAGUGGACGUCUCUUCCUGGACACCUCACCAGCAAACAGAAGCUUCAGAGAUAAAUUACUGAUAUAAAACACUUGCACAUUCAAAAAAACAGUUACUUGUUAUACUGGACUUUUAGUGGAGAUUUAGUUCAAUACUGGCCGACAGUGUCACUUAUUGAACUCUUUGAGAUGGGUCUAGGUCAACUUGCAUAUCAUUUGCUACCAUGUUACAUUUCGUUUUGUGAGAAAUUGUGUUAAUUCCAUAUGUUUUGCACCAAGAAGUUUACUUUUAAAUGAGAUUUCAGUCUUAGUUUACGCAUGGUUGGUGUGUGAUAGGACAAUGUAGACGGAUGGAUGGAUGAUCAUGUUAGCUGUUCAGAAUAUUUUGUUGUAUUUAUUGAAUCUGUGUCUUUUUGCCUGCCUUAAAUGAAAAGUCAAUGCAUCGGCCUGUUGAUGUUCUUCGAUUAGCAAGCUAUAGUCACUCAAAAGAUAUUUCAGUAUUUAUUAAACUAAUCAGGCUAUAUAAUAUAUCGUAAUAUAACCACGUAGUGUUUUCGUUUUCUGAAGGCGAAGACCUUUUUACUUACCUUACUAAAAAAGGAAUCUCCCUGGAAUCUGACGAUCUCUUGUUUUGCCACAAGAGAACUCGUCGUUUAACUAUUUUAAGCUUGAAGUGAGCUAAAUGCACCAUGUUUUACAUGAUACUAUAAAAUAUAAUGGUGUGUUUGCAAUCGGUUUGCUUUGAAAGUUUGAUGUAUCGUUACAUUGCGUUAUUCGCACUGUUCUUUAAAAUCAGGGAUUCUUAACACACUGAAUAAUGGUCAUGGAGGGACAAACAAAAAGGGAACUCAGUGGAUGUACUUGGUGCAUAUCUUUUUUUUUUUUUGCAUUACACCAAAUUGGUCUUUUAUUUCAUGUUUGUUGAAGGUGUAAUGGAAGGUUCUUUUUCUGCCGUCACUUUGUUCUCAGUUGUAUAUUUACAUAUCGGUUUUGUUUCAGAAGUAUUUAUUGUAUUUAUAUUCUUCACUGUAACUUCUGUAUCAGUUUCUGGAUUUUCCCUGUGCUUUCUUGUAUUCUGCAAACUCUUCAUUACAGACAACCUCUUAUGCAACUACAAAUAUUUGUGUUUCAGUACUGGUGCGGGUUCCUUCCAGUUCUUCUCUUCUUUUUCUUUUUUUACCACUGUUGCCAAUAAAGUAAAUUGCUUAACACGU